AUGGACGUCGACGGCCGCGUCGUGCGCCUCGACAGCGCGGCGAAGAUCGUCGCGCCGGGCCUGCGGCUGGGCUGGGUCAGCGCGCCCCAAACGUUCCUCGACAAGUUCACGGUGCUCAACGAGACGUCGGUCCAGUUCCCGAGCGGCGCGGCGCAGGCGGCCAUGCUCGCGCUCCUCGAGACGUGGCGCGACGACGCGGGCUUCGACGCGGCGCUCCGGAAGACGCAGCACGAGUACGCGCGGCGCCGCGACGUCCUCGUGGCCGCGGUCCGCGGCGCGCUCGCGGAGGCCGGCGGCGCGACGCUCGCGACGCUCGAGACGCCGGCCGCGGGCAUGUUCCUGUGGCUCGAGCAGUUCGUCGCGCCGGACUCGCGCGCGCUCCAGGACAAACUCAUCAAGAACGGCGUCGCCUGCAUCCCCGGCGCGUGCUUCGCGACGCCGGACAAGCAGGGCGACGAUUGCCCCUUCCUGCGCCUCACCUACGCGUCCGCGACGGACGCGGAGAUGCGCGCCGGCGCGUCGCGGCUGGCGGCGACGCUCGCGGACUACUCGCGGAACCCGUCCCGCAAGUACCUCACCGCGGACCCCUACGAGGCCGACGCGCCGCGCUACGACGACCCGCGCCGCGCGGCGCCGCGCUACGAGCCGCGCGCCGCGUACUACGAGCCCGACCCCUACGGCGCCGCGGACCCCUACCGCCGCGCGGCGGCGCCGCCGCCGCCGCGGGAGAUCGACGACCGGCGCCGCGCCUACGGCGACUACGCGGCGCCGCCGCCGCCGGCCUACGACUACGACCGGCGGCCGGCCUACGACGACCGCCGGCCCCCGCCGGACGACCCGCGCGCGCUCGACCCGCGCGCGCUCGACCCGCGCGCCGUCGACCCGCGAUUGGACCCGCGCUACGCCGCGCCGCCGCCGCGCUACGCGGACGACGCGCGGUACCGGGCGCGGCCCCCGUACGACGACCGCGCCGCGGCGCCGCGCGCCGACGACCGCGACCCCUACCGCGACUACCGCGCGGCGCCGCCGCCGCGCCGCGACUACGCGCCGCCGGAGCCCCGCGCCUACGACCCCUACGGCGACCGCCGCCCGCGCCACGACCCCUACGACGACCGGCGCGUCGCGCAGCGCCGCUGA